AUGCGUUCGUUGAACACGUUUUUACGACCAUCGGCAGGCGUCCGAAAAAUAUCCAGUUUGGUAUUGCCUGAGAGUCAUUCAAAACUAAAGAAUGUGUGUCGAGAAUUUUCAGAAGCUGAAUUACGGCCGGUUGCUGCAACACUAGACAAGCAGCAGAUGUUCCCUACUGAUCAAAUUAAAAAAUUAGCUGAUUUAGGAAUCCUAGGAGUUGUGGUUGACAAGAAAUAUGGUGGUUCAGGAGCUGACUCUCUUGCAUUAUCAGUAGCUGUUGAGGAAAUAUCCAGAUGCUGUGGCGGAACCGGUUCAAUUGUAAGCAUUCAUAAUGCUCUAUAUGCAGGCAUAAUAAACAAAGUCGGCACUCCUGAACAAAAAUUACAAUUUCUACCAGAUUUCAUUAGUAGAGGUAUUGUUGGAUGUUUUGCUCUCAGUGAACCAGGAAGUGGCAGUGAUGCUGCUAAUAUGCACACAAUAGCAAAACGUGAAGGAGAUCAUUGGAUAUUAAAUGGUACAAAGGCUUGGGUGACUAAUGGUAUUGAAGGCGGUGCGAUUAUUGUGAUGGCUCGUUCGGAUAUUUUUAAAGGCCAUAACGGAGUAUCAGCAUUUAUUGUACCAACAAAUACACCAGGUUUAACAAAGGGUAAAAGAGAUGAUAAAUUAGGUAUUAGAGCAGCAUCUUCUUGUAAUAUUAUUCUGGACAAUGUUAUUGUACCAGUUGAAAAUAUGUUGGGGAAUGAAGGUGAUGGUUUCAAAAUAGCCAUGUCUGGAAUUGAUUUGGCUAGAAUAGGUAUUGCAUCACAAGCAUUAGGAAUAUCACAAGCUGCAAUGGACUGUGCUAUUGAUUAUGCUGGAAAUAGAACCGCUUUUGGUAAUGCUAUUAUUAAACUGUCUGCUGUGCAGCAAAGAAUUGCUAAAAUGGCUACACGGUUGGAGGCUUCUAGACUUUUGACAUGGAAAGCCGCAUGGUUGAGAGAUAAUAAUCAACCUUUUACCAAGGCAGCAUCUAUGGCCAAGUUAGAAGCAUCACAAACAGCAACAUAUGUUACACAUAAUUGUAUACAGAUUCUCGGCGGGAUGGGAUAUAUUUCAGAUAUGCCAGCCGAACGACAUUACAGAGAUGCGAGGAUAACUGAAAUAUAUGCAGGUCCGACAGAUAUUCAAUAUUUAGUUAUUGCUGAGAAAUUAGCAAAAGAAUAUGGGUAUAAAACUAGAUAA